CCGGUGUAAGACGGGGGUCAAAGUUGAGAGGUCAGAGAGCAUCGCAAUGGCGUCGGUCGGAGGUUUGGAUUCUCUGGGUGCGGAGGGGGCUGCCGCGGCCGCGCACGCCUUGUCUCUCCCAGCGGAAGCCUACGGAAAUGAUCCUCAACUGGAGAUGAUGUGGGCGAUGAAGGCCUAUCAGCAUGCUGAAAUCUACUUCAAUCUCAUCUCCUCCGUAGAUCCUAAGUUCUUGAAGCUUACAAAAGUGGAUGACAAGAUCUGCACAGAAUUCAGGAAGGCCUUUCCUGAUCUGAAUAUUAAAGUUCUGGACCCUGAAGAUCUCAAAUCGGAGCAGGCUAAGGAGAAAUGGAGGCCUUUCUGCAAUCUGUUUGAAGGUGUUGUUGAAGACUUCAACUACGGCACUCUGCUGCGCCUCGAUUGUGAGAGAGACUAUACCGAGGAGAACACAAUUUUUGCUACAAGGAUCCAGUUUUUUGCCAUUGAAAUUGCAAGGAACAGGGAGGGCUGCAACAACGCUGUGUUUGAGGCCAGCACCAAGAGCAAGUCGAGGGCCGCGGGCGAGCGCCAGGAGCAGAGCUGAUCUUCUGAGGUGCCCCUCCAUCCGAAAAGGACUUCCUCACGAGCGCAGAUGCGCUGCCUUCUUCAUUUUUGGAAUCCGGUUCGGACUCUUGACUAGCUUACACAAGACUUAAAAGGGAAAAGACUUGACGUUUCUUUCCACGUUAAAAAGAGUUGAGGCAGUCAAAUGGUCAAAUGCACAGAUCCCCAUCUGGACAUGGUUCUCAUUUCAUGUCAGUCAAUUUUUUUUUUUGUUGCUGGUUAAAGUUCUGUCCAGUUUUUCCUACAUGAAGUCCUCUAUUCAACAGUAAGGUUCUUACUGUUAAGCGUCAGAGAACAUCGAGGGUUAUUGACAGCACCAAUAAUACAUGAACACUACUGUAGUUGGCGACGAUCACUUUGGACCCCGAGCUUUGGGUGUUUUGGGGCGUCACCUGCCACUCGUCAGCGAUUCUGUGUUCGUGAGACAGGGCUGUUGGCCCCACUAUGGUAGAAGUGCCACUCUCAGUUUUCCUUCCCUUUAAGAUUUCACUCAAGAGACGAAGGAAACAUUGGCUGUUGUUUCAGUUCCAUCCAUAACUCUAAAGGGUGCUGUAAUAUUUCCAUUUAAAAAUCAUCUAACGUAUUUGUGAUUUCAUAGCUGAUAAAUGGGGGGAGGAUGUUAUUUUAUUGAAGGUAACCAUGUUAAUUUGUUGUUGUUGAGGGAGAGGACAUCCCACACUAUUGUAUUCAAUGUUAAGGUCUGCGGCCGAAUUUACAAAUGUCAGAUGGGGUUGUUGUAGAGUAGACCUGGGCUCUCAGCUGAACCAUUGAUUGACUUCGUAUUACAGUUACAUUGAACUGUGUUGCCUUUUCUCUUUAACUAUUGUAAAACAAGUUCCCAAAACUGGAGGAGAAAGUAACCUUGUAAAUACAGCAAUCAAUUAAAGCCUUAAUUGAACUACA